AUGGAAGACUGCUUGCACACGUCUUCAGUGAAACUGUCUAAGUUGGUCCGAUGGGCCCACAGUCACGGCACCAUCUGUGCUCUCAUCCCGAACCUCAAACACCUGCUCACUGAGGGGUCCCACGGGAACCUGACCGCCAUGUGGGGGUGCAGCGCGGGCCACGCCUACCACUGGCCCCUCAACGUCACCUGCAAGAUGGGCCCGAAGGUGGGCAUUUCUGUCUCUGCAAAUGUAUAUAUACACUGAGUGUCCAGAGCGUUCCACAGAGAUGCUGGCCCAUGUUGACUCUAAUGCUUCCCACAGUUGUUUCAAGUUGUCUGGAUGUCCUUUGGGUGGUGGGCCAUUUUUCAUACACACGGGAAACAGUUGAGCGUGAAAAACCCAGCAGCCUUUGCAGUUCGUGACACACACAAACCGCUGCGCCUGGCACCUACUACCAUACCCCGUUCAAAGUCACUUCAAUAUUUUGUCUUGCCUUGGAUUCAACUGGUCAGUCUGUCUUGAAAAGAGCAGGUGUUCUUAAUGUUUUGUACACUCAGUGUAUAUGUCCUCACUUUAUAUAGUAUGUUAUGCAGUUUCUGAUCGUGUUCUGAUCUAACUAUCUCUACUGUAUGUAGAUAAUAGGUACAUUCCUGUCUACAGUGCAUUCGGAAAGUAUUCAGACCCCUUGACUUUUCCCACAUUUUGUUACGUUACAGCCUUAUUCUAAAAUUGAUUAAAUUGUUUUUUUCCCCCUCAUCAAUCGACACACAAUACCCGAUAUUGACAAAGCAAAAACAGGUUUUUAGAAAUUGUUAAAAAUGUAUUAAAAAUAAAAAACAGAUAGUACAUUUACAUAAGUAUUCAGACCCUUUACUCAGUGCUUUGUUGAAGCACCUUUGGCAGCGAUUACAGCCUCGAGUCUUCUUGAGUAUGACGCUACAAGCUUGGCACACCUGUAUUUGGGGAGUUUCUCCCAUUCUUCUCUGCAGAUCCGCUCAAACUCUGUCAGGCUGGAUGGGGAGCAUCGCUGCACAGCUAUUUUCAGGUCUCUCCAGAGAUGUUCAAUCGGGUUCAAGUCCGGGCUCUGGCUGGGCCACUCAAGGACAUUCAGAGACUUGUCCCGAAGCCACUCCUUUGUUGUCUUGGCUGUGUGCUUAGGGUUGUUGUCCAGUUGGAUGGUGAACCUUCGCCCCAGUCUGAGGUCCUGAGCGCUCUGGAACAGGUUUUCAUCAAGGAUCUCUCUGUACUUUGCUCUGUUAAUCUUUCCCUUGAUCCUGACAGUCUCCCAGUCCCUGCCACUGAAAAACAUCCCCACAGCAUGAUGCUGCCACCACCAUGCUUCACCGUAGGGAUGGUGCCAGGUUUCCUCCAGACGUGGCGCUUGGCAUUCAGGCCAAAGAGUUCAAUCUUGGUUUCAUCAGACCAGAGAAUCUUGUUUCUCAUGGUCUAAGAGUCUUUUAGGUGCCUUUUGGCAAACUCCAAGCAGGCUGUCAUGUGCCUUUUUACUGAGGAGUGGCUUCUGUCUGGCCACUCUACCAUAAAGGCCUGAUUGGUGGAAAGCUGCAGAGAUGGUUGUUCUUCUGGAAGGUUCUCCCAUCUCCACAGAGGAACUCUGGAGCUCUGUUAGAGUGUCCAUUGGGUUCUUGGUCACCUCCCUGACCGAGGCCCUUCUCCCCCGAUUGCUCAGUUUGUCCGGGCGGCCAGUUCUAGGAAGAGUUUUGGUGGUUCCAAACUUCUUCCAUUUAAGAAUGAUGGAGGCCACUUUGUUCUUGGGGACCUUCAAUGAUGCAGAAAUGUUUUGGUACCCUUCCCCAGAUCUGUGCCUCGACACAAUCCUGUCUCGGAGCUCUACGGACAAUUCCUUCGACAUCACGGCUUGGUUUUUGCUCUGACAUGCAAUGUCAACUGUGGGACCUUAUAUAGACAGGUGUGUGCCUUUCCAAAUCAUGUCCAAUCAAUUGAAUUUACCACAGGUGGACUCCAAUCAAGUUGUAGAAACAUCUGAAGGAUGAUCAAUGGAAACAGGAUGCACCUGAGCUCAAUUUCGAGUCUAAUAGCAAAGGGUCUGAAUACUUAUGUAAAUAACCUGUUCGCUUUGUCAUUAUGUGGUAUUGUGUGUAGAUUGAGGAAAAAAAUGUAUUUAAUCCAUUUUAUAAUAAGGAUGUAACGUAACAAAAUGUGGAAAUAGGGAAGCGGUCUGAAUACUUUCAGAAGGCACUGUAUUGUUGUCUGCAUGAUUCCAUCAAGUCAAAUUCCUGGUACAUGUAAAUGCUGAAUAAAGGUGAUUCUGAUUCUGAAGGAGCGAGGUGGCUGCUACCAAGACAGCCGCAGCAUCAACUCAGACAGCCUCAGUCUCCAGGGAGGGACCUCUGCCUGCCAGAGCAGCCCAGGAGGAGAGAGGUUUCUGGGCCUCUCCAGCCAAGCCAAGUGGGGCGACAGCAGCCAGACCCGGGACUCCUGCGACUUCUCCAACUGCAGCGACGAUAACACUGAGGCGGACGACAGCAACCUGUUUGAUAUUGUCUGUGAGUCCUCAGCCACAACGGACGAGGAAGGAGAUGCAGACUACGAGCCUCAUCACAGACUCAGGAAGAGGGGUCCCCUAGGGGGACCAGGGUCUGAGGACAAAUCAGUGAAGAAGAUCAAGCAGGAGACUGCUGAGGAAUAUUACACAGGACCUAAAGACCAGCUAGCAGCAGGGGGAGGUACUGACUCUGGCCUGGCCUCUCACUCAGUCUCCCAGUCCCCAAAGCCUAAUAACUCUCAGUCCCAGUUGUCCCUGUCCCACGCUUCACCACACAAGCCCUCCCUGAAGGACGCAGACUGUUUGGGUGGUGGUGUGUCGUGGUCUCCGCUGGGGUGCUCCUCUCCUCACAUACCCAUGCUAGCCAAACCGCUACGAGGCUUUACUUCCAGCUCUGUCUCCAAGCCCUCCGUGAUGAGCUCUGGUUCCCCCAGACAUCAGGACCCGUCCUCUGGGUCGACUCAGCGCCUGAGAACCCUCCCUGGGGCAGCCGGUGAGCUGAUGGAGGACCUGCUGAAGCCUGGCGGUUCUGAGGGGCCCUUUGGGGACCUGACUCCCUCCUGCCUCAGUGGGAUGAACCCUGACCUGGACCUGAUUGGGGCAGAGACCAAAGGAGAGGCUACAGGUACAGAUACAUCUCUGUCUCUCUCUCUCUCUUUCUCUCUGUCUCUCUCUCUGUCUCUCUCUCUCUCUAUCUCGCUCUGUCUCUGUCUCUCUGGCGCUCUCUCUCUGUCUCUCUCUCUCUCUCUCUCUGUCUCUCUCUCUCUCUCUGUCUCUCUCUCUGUCUCUCUCUCUCUCUGUCUCUGUCUCUCUCUCUGUCUCUCUCUUUCUCUGUCUCUCUCUCUCUGUCUCUCUCUCUCUCUGUCUCUCUCCCGCUCCCUGUCUAUCUGUCUCUCUGGCGCUCUCGCUCUGUCUCUCUGGCGCUCUCUCUCUGUCUCUCUCUCGCUCUGUCUCUGUCUCUGUCUCUCUGGCGCUCUGUCUCUCUCUCUCUCUCUCUCUCUCUGUCUCUGUCUCUGUCUCUGUCUCUGUCUCUGUCUCUCUCUGUCUCUGUCUCUCUCCCGCUCUCGCUCUCUCUCUCUGUCUCUCUCUCCCUCUCCCUCUCUCUCUGUCUCUGUCUCUCUCCCGCUCCCUCUCUCUCUCUGUCUCUCUCCCGCUCUCUCUCUCUCUCUCUCUCUCUCUCUCUCUCUCUGGCUCUCUCUCUCUCUCUCUCUCUCUCUCUCUCUCUGGCUCUCUCUCUCUCUCUCUCUCUCUCUGGCUCUCGCUCUGUCUCUCUGGCUCUCUCUCUCUCUCUCUCUCUGGCUCUCUCGCUCUGUCUCUCUGGCUCUCUGGCUCUCUCCCUCCCUCUGUCUCCCUCCCUCUGCUCUUUCAACAAUGUCAUCACACUAGUUCUGCUGUCAAACGAACAAACAACCAAUUCUCACAAAAUGCCCACUGAAAUGUUAAAUUGUAUGGCAAGUUCAACAUUCCUGAGUGGUAUACCUGUGAGGUUUAUGGACCUAGCUACCAAUUAAAGAGAUUCUCCAGUACUUUUGUAUUGCAGAUACAGUAUGUGAACCAUGUCAUUGCUCAGAUACAGUAUGUAUCUCUCUCUCUCUUGCUCUGCUGUGUGUGCACUCAAAUGGCGAGGGGCUGAAGCUCAUUGGCUAGAACUCAAAUUGUUAGGGGGCUGGCCCACAUUGGGGGGAAAAUGGAGGGAAAAUGGAGCCUUUAAACUAGGGAUUUGGUGGCUAAUUGAGGUAAACCGUCAUUCUGCUCAUAGAUUAUACAUGUAUGAAAUACACAUUGACACAUCCAGCCCAAAGCAGGAGGUUUAAAGAAUACUUAGUAGAAAGUUCUGGAGCAUGUCUUUUAAAGAAGUGUCAAUUGAAGAUUAUCCUUUACAAAUAGCCUAGGCCUAUUUAGAAUAUAGUUUUCACUGGUGUAGAAAAUGUGCAUGUGUGUCUGUAGGCCUAAAGUAUGGGGAUAGUUCUUCUGGAAGGUUCUCCCAUCUCCACAGAGGAACUCUAGAGCUCUGUCAGAGUGACCAUCGGGUUCUUGGUCACCUCUCUGACCAAGGCCCUUCUCCCCCGAUUGCUCAGUUUGGCCGGGCGGCCAGCUCUAGGAAGAGUCUUGGUGGUCCCAAACUUCUUCCAUUUAAGAAUGAUGGAGGCCACUGUGUUCUUGGGGACCUUCAAUGCUGCCGACAUUUUUUGGUACAUUUUCCCAGAUCUGUGCCUCGACACAAUCAGGUCUCCGAGCUCUACAGAUAAUUCCUUCGACCUCAUGGCUUGGUUUUUGCUCUGACCUGCACUGUCAAAUGUGGGACAUUAUAUAGACAGAUGUGCCUUUCCAAAUCAUGUCCAAUCAAUUGAAUUUACCACAGGUGGACUCCAAUCAAGUUGUAGAAACAUCUCUCAAGUAUGGUCAAUGGAAACAGGAUGCACUGGAGCUCAAUUUCAAGUCUCAUCAAAUGGUCUGAAUACUUAUGUAAAUAAGGUAUUUCCGUUUUUUAAUUUGUAAUUAAUGUGCAAAAAUGUCUAAACCAGUUUUCGCUUCGUCACUAUGGGGUAUUGUGUGUAGAUUGAGGACAUUUUUCUUUUUAGAAUAAGGCUGUAAUGUAACAAUGUGGAAAAAGUCAAGGGUUCGGAAUACUUUCCGAAUGCACUAUAUACACAGUGUACAAAACAUUAGGAACAGCUUAAUAUUGAGUUGCACCCCCUUUUUCCCUCAGAACAGCCUCAAUUCAUUGGGUCAUGGACUCUACAAGGUGUCGAAAGCGUUCCACAGGGAUGCUGGCCCAUGUUGACUCCAAUGCUUCCCACAGUUGUGUCAAGUUGGCUGGAUGUCCUUUGGGUGGUGGACUGUUCUUGAUACACACGGGAAACUGUUGAGCGUGAAAAACCCAGCAGCCUUUGCAGUUCGUGACACACUCAAACCGCUGCGCCUGGCACCUACUACCAUGCCACGUUCAAAGUCACUUAAAUCUUUUGUCUUGCCCAUUCACCCUCUGAAUGGCACACAUACACAGUCCAUGCCUCAAUUGUCUCAAGGCUUAAAAAUCCUUCUUUAACCUGUCUCCUCCCCUUCAUCUGCACUGACUGAAGUGGAUUUAACAAGUGACAUCAAUAAGGGAUCAUAGCUUUCACCUGCAUUCACCUGUUCAUAAUGUUUUGUUCACUCAGUGUAUAUGUACAGUACCAGUCAAAAGUUUGGACACACGUACUGCAUUCUGCAGCGAUACGCCAUCCCAUACUCAUUCCAGGGUUUUUCUUUAUUUUUACUGAACUGGCUCUCAUGAGGACCGCCACAGGAAAGGAAGACCCAGAGUUACCUCUGCUGCAGAGGAUAAGUUCAUUAGAGUUAACUGCACCUCAGAUUGCAGCCCAAAUAAAUGCUUCACAGAGUUCAAAUAACAGACACGUCUCAACAUCAACAUCAGAGGAGACUGUGUGAAUCAGGCCUUCAUGGUCGAAUUGCUGCAAAGAAACCCCUACUAAAGGACACCAAUAAGAAGAAGAGAUUUGCUUGGGCUUAGAAACACGAGCAAUGGACAUUAGACUGGUGGAAAUCUGUCCUUUGGUCUGAUGAGUCCAAAUUUGAGAUUUUUGGUUCCAACCGCCGUGUCUUUGUGAGACGCAAAGUAGGUGAACGGAUGAUCUCCGCAUGUGUGGUUCCCACCGUGAAGAAUGGAGGAGGAGGUGUGAUGGUGUGGGGGUGCUUUGCUGGUGACACUGUCAAUGAUUUAUUUAGAAUUCAAGUCACACUUAACCAGCAUGGCUACCACAGCAUUCUGCAGCGAUAUGGCAUCCCAUCUGGUUUGCGCUCAACAGGACAAUGACCCAACACACCUCCAGGCUGUGUAAGGGCUAUUUUACCAAGAAGGAGAGUGAUGGAGUGCUGCAUCAGACGACCUGGCCUCCACAAUCCCCUCGACCUCAACCCAAUUGAGAUGGUUUGGGAUGAGUUGGACCACAGACUGAAGGAAAAGCAGCCAACAAGUGCUCAGCAUAUGUGGGAACUCCUUCAAGACUGUUGGAAAAGCAUUCCAGGUGACCUACCUCAUGAAGCUGGUUGAGAGAAUGCAAAGCUGUCAUCAAGGCAAAGGGUGGCUACUUUGAAGAAAAUGUUUUUGGUUACUACAUGAUUCCAUGUGUUAUUUCAUAGUUUUGAUGUCUUCACUGUUAUUCUACAAUCUAGAAAAUAGUACAAAAAUAAAUAAAUAAAAACCCUUGAAUGAGUAGGCGUGUCCAAACAUUUGACUGGUACUGUGUGUAUGUGUGUGUGUAUAUAUAUAUAUAUAUAUAUAUAUAUACAGUUGAAGUCGGAAGUUUACAUACACCAUAGCCAAAUACUUUUAAACUCAGUUUUUCACAAUUUCUGACAUUUAAUCCUAGUAAAAAGUCCCUGUCUUAGGUCAGUUAGGAUCACCACUUUAUUAUAAAGAAUGUGAAAUGUCAGAAUAAUAGUAGAGAGAAUGAUUUAUUUCAGCUUUUAUUUCUUUCAUCACAUUCCCAGUGGGUCAGAAGUUUACAUACACUCAAUUAGUAUUUGGUAGCAUUGCCUUUAAAUUGUUUAACUUGGGUCAAAAGUUUCGGGUAGCCUUCCACAAGCUUCCCACAAUAAGUUGGGUGAAUUUUGGCCCAUUCCUCCUGACAGAGCUGAUGUAACUGAGUCAGGUUUGUAGGCCUCCUUGCUCGCACACGCUUUUUCAGUUCUGCCCACACAUUUUCUAUAGGAUUGAGGUCAAGGCUUUGUGAUGGCCAAUCCAAUACCUUGACUUUGUUGUCCUUAAGCCAUUUUGCCACAACUUUGGAAGUAUGCUUGGGGUCAUUGUCCAUUUGGAAGACCCAUUAGCGACCAAGCUUUAACCUCCUGACUGAUGUCUUGAGAUGUUGCUUCAAUAUAUCCACAUAAUUUUCCUUCCUCAUGAUGCCAUCUAUUUUGUGAAGUGCACCAGUCCCUCCUGCAGCAAAGCAACCCCACAGCAUGAUGCUGCCACCCCUGUGCUUCACGGUUGGGAUGGUGUUCUUCGGCUUGCAAGCUACCCCCUUUUUCUUCCAAACAUAACAAUGGUCAUUAUGGCCGAACAGUUCUAUUUUUGUUUCAUCAGACCAGAGGACAUUUCUCCAAAAAGUACGAUCUUUGUCCCCAUGUCCAGUUGCAAACCGUAGUCUGGCUAUUUGAUGGCGGUUUUGGAGCAGUGGCUUCUUCCUUGCUGAGCGGCCUUUCAGGUUAUGUCGAUAUAGGACUUGUUUUACUGUGAAUAUAGAUACUUUUGUACCUGUUUCUUCCAGCAUCUUCACAAGGUCCUUUGCUGUUGUUCUGGGAUUGAUUUGCAUUUUCACACCAAAGUACGUUCAUCUCUAGGAGACAGAACGCGUCUCCUUCCUGAGCGGUAUGACGGCUGCGUGGUCCCAUGGUGUUUAUACUUGCAUACUAUUGUUUGUACAGAUGAACGUGGUACCUUCAGGCAUUUGGAAAUUGCUCCCAAGGAUGAACCAGACUUGUGGAGGUCUACAAUUUUUUUUUUUCUGAGGUCUUGGCUGAUUUCUUUUGAUUUUCCCAUGAUGUCAAGCAAAGAGGCACUGAGUUUGAAGGUAGGCCUUGAAAUACAUCCACAGGCACACCUCCAAUUAACUCAAAUGAUGUCAAUUAGCCUAUCAGAAGCUUCUAAAGCCAUGACAUCAUUUUCUGGAAUUUUCCAAGCUGUUUAAAGGCACAGUCAACUUAGUGUAUGUAAACUUCUGACCCACUGGAAUUGUGAUACAGUGAAUUAUAAGUGAAAUAAUCUGUCUGUAAACAAUUGUUGGAAAAAUUACUUGUGUCAUGCACAAAGUAGAUGUCCUAACCGACUUGCCAAAACUAUAGUUUGUUAACAAGAAAUUUGUGGAGUGGUUGAAAAACGAGUUUUAAUGACUCCAACCUAAGUGUAUGUAAACUUCCGACUUCAACUGUAUAUAACAACUAAAGCCAUAAACCCUUCUAACUUAACAUGUUUCUGUUGAGCUUUAGGUCAAUUCUUAUUUCUGUAUGUUAAGGUGUCAUAUUAGUGGUGAUGAAUAGCUGCAUAUUAUUAUUUGAAUUUUUCCCCAACUCCCUUUCCUUAUUAAAACAUAUAAACAUGCUAACUGUAUGACAUUUUUAAAGCUAGUGGGAAAAAAAGCACCUCACCUUGUUAAUGGAAAAAUGCACUUCAUGGCCAAGUUAACUGCACCAGUAUUUUAACUGCACCAGUAUUUUAACUGCACCUGUUUUGAGUAGCAGGCAGGUAGGCUCCAGUUUCUCUUGGAUGUUUUUCAUUUAAAAAAAUAUAUUUGUCCAUUUAUGCACUGUAGCAUGUUUUCUGCUAUCUUAUGUUGGAACAAGGGUGGGUUUCUCUCUGCCUACCCUGUAUGUUCUCGGAACAGAGGAUGUAGGCCUAAUGUUACACAAUGGGUUCACUGUUCAAUCUGACUAGAGACACUAUUCAAUCUGAAUCUGAAAAUGCUAUACAAGUUGAAUAAGUGAUGACGAUUAUUAUUAUUAUUAUUAUUAUUAUUAUGUACAUAUUGAAAACGGUACAGUCUUUGUCUCGUUGUUCUAUCAGUGGGAUGGGCUCUCUGUGAGAUGGAGCGUCUGCGGGCGCUGCUGAGUGUGGAGCGGAGCCUCAGUCAUCAGAUGGGAGACACCAUCAGUAGCCUGAAACAGGACAAGCAGCUGCUGCAGCAGGAACUCACCAAGAAGGCUGAACUCAUCUGUGACUUCCUGCAAGACCAGCUGCGACCAGGUACGCUCCUCCCAUUCCCGCCCAGGUAUGCUACGAUCUUACUGGUGAAUUCUUUUGCACACUGUAGACUUUUUUUAUAGGAUUUAGAAAACAAUAUAUUUUGGGUUUUCAUUUCUUAUUUUCCCCUUAGAGAAGAGGCGUGGUCAUUCUUCCAUCCAGAUGGAGGUGGGGCUGGGCAGCUCCACCCACAUGGGGGUGGGGUUCCCUGACGAGGGCAUGGCGUUGGAGAACUCUGCCCUGUUCGAAAGCUUCGAAGAGGUGGAGACCCACCCCCUGGACCGACGCAGGGAGAUGAAGAGGAGCAGAGAUGGAGAGAACACACGAGUCAGGAGUAAGUACUGUAGAUACCCCUUAAACAGAGUCAGGAGUACAGUACUGUAGAUACCCCUUAAACAGAGUCAGGAGUACAGUACUGUAGAUGGUCCUUAAACAGAGUCAGGAGUACAGUACUGUAGAUGGUCCUUAAACAGAGUCAGGAGUACAGUACUGUAGAUACCCCUUAAACAGAGUCAGGAGUACAGUACUGUAGAUGGUCCUUAAACAGAGUCAGGAGUACAGGACUGUAGAGACCCCUUAAACAGAGUCAGGAGUUCAGUACUGUAGAUGGUCCUUAAACAGAGUCAGGAGUUCAGAACUGUAGAUGGUCCUUAAACAGAGUCAGGAGUACAGUACUGUAGAUACCCCUUAAACAGAGUCAGGAGUUCAGUACUGUAGAUGGUCCUUAAACAGAGUCAGGAGUACAGUACUGUAGAUACCCCUUAAACAGAGUCAGGAGUACAGUACUGUAGAUGGUCCUUAAACAGAGUCAGGAGUACAGUACUGUAGAUGGUCCUUAAACAGAGUCAGGAGUACAGUACUGUAGAUGGUCCUUAAACAGAGUCAGGAGUACAGUACUGUAGAUGGUCCUUAAACAGAGUCAGGAGUUCAGUACUGUAGAUACCCCUUAAACAGAGUCAGGAGUACAGUACUGUAGAUACCCCUUAAACAGAGUCAGGAGUACAGUACUGUAGAUACCCCUUAAACAGAGUCAGGAGUACAGUACUGUAGAUACCCCUUAAACAGAGUCAGGAGUACAGUACUGUAGAUACCCCUUAAACAGAGUCAGGAGUUCAGUACUGUAGAUACCCCUUAAACAGAGUCAGGAGUACAGUACUGUAGAUACCCCUUAAACAGAGUCAGGAGUACAGUACUGUAGAUACCCCUUAAACAGAGUCAGGAGUACAGUACUGUAGAUACCCCUUAAACAGAGUCAGGAGUUCAGUACUGUAGAUGGUCCUUAAACAGAGUCAGGAGUUCAGUACUGUAGAUGGUCCUUAAACAGAGUCAGGAGUACAGUACUGUAGAUACCCCUUAAACAGAGUCAGGAGUUCAGUACUGUAGAUACCCCUUAAACAGAGUCAGGAGUUCAGUACUGUAGAUGGUCCUUAAACAGAGUCAGCAGUACAGUACUGUAGAUGGUCCUUAAACAGAGUCAGGAGUUCAGUACUGUAGAUGGUCCUUAAACAGAGUCAGAAGUACAGUACUGUAGAUACCCCUUAAACAGAGUCAGGAGUACAGUACUGUAGAUACCCCUUAAACAGAGUCAGGAGUUCAGUACUGUAGAUACCCCUUAAACAGAGUCAGGAGUUCAGUACUGUAGAUGGUCCUUAAACAGAGUCAGCAGUACAGUACUGUAGAUGGUCCUUAAACAGAGUCAGGAGUUCAGUACUGUAGAUGGUCCUUAAACAGAGUCAGAAGUACAGUACUGUAGAUACCCCCUAAACAGAGUCAGGAGUACAGUACUGUAGAUACCCCUUAAACAGAGUCAGGAGUACAGUACUGUAGAUGGUCCUUAAACAGAGUCAGGAGUACAGUACUGUAGAUGGUCCUUAAACAGAGUCAGGAGUUCAGUACUGUAGAUACCCCUUAAACAGAGUCAGGAGUACAGUACUGUAGAUACCCCUUAAACAGAGUCAGGAGUUCAGUACUGUAGAUACCCCUUAAACAGAGUCAGGAGUACAGGACUGUAGAUGGUCCUUAAACAGAGUCAGGAGUACAGUACUGUAGAUACCCCUUAAACAGAGUCAGGAGUACAGUACUGUAGAUACCCCUUAAACAGAGUCAGGAGUACAGUACUGUAGAUGGUCCUUAAACAGAGUCAGGAGUACAGUACUGUAGAUACCCCUUAAACAGAGUCAGGAGUUCAGUACUGUAGAUGGUCCUUAAACAGAGUCAGGAGUACAGUACUGUAGAUACCCCUUAAACAGAGUCAGGAGUACAGUACUGUAGAUGGUCCUUAAACAGAGUCAGGAGUACAGUACUGUAGAUGGUCCUUAAACAGAGUCAGGAGUACAGUACUGUAGAUGGUCCUUAAACAGAGUCAGGAGUACAGUACUGUAGAUACCCCUUAAACAGAGUCAGGAGUACAGUACUGUAGAUGGUCCUUAAACAGAGUCAGGAGUACAGUACUGUAGAUGGUCCUUAAACAGAGUCAGGAGUUCAGUACUGUAGAUACCCCUUAAACAGAGUCAGGAGUACAGUACUGUAGAUACCCCUUAAACAGAGUCAGGAGUACAGUACUGUAGAUACCCCUUAAACAGAGUCAGGAGUUCAGUACUGUAGAUACCCCUUAAACAGAGUCAGGAGUACAGUACUGUAGAUACCCCUUAAACAGAGUCAGGAGUUCAGUACUGUAGAUACCCCUUAAACAGAGUCAGGAGUACAGUACUGUAGAUACCCCUUAAACAGAGUCAGGAGUACAGUACUGUAGAUACCCCUUAAACAGAGUCAGGAGUACAGUACUGUAGAUACCCCUUAAACAGAGUCAGGAGUUCAGUACUGUAGAUGGUCCUUAAACAGAGUCAGGAGUUCAGUACUGUAGAUGGUCCUUAAAUAGAGUCAGGAGUACAGUACUGUAGAUACCCCUUAAACAGAGUCAGGAGUUCAGUACUGUAGAUACCCCUUAAACAGAGUCAGGAGUUCAGUACUGUAGAUGGUCCUUAAACAGAGUCAGCAGUACAGUACUGUAGAUGGUCCUUAAACAGAGUCAGGAGUUCAGUACUGUAGAUGGUCCUUAAACAGAGUCAGAAGUACAGUACUGUAGAUACCCCUUAAACAGAGUCAGGAGUUCAGUACUGUAGAUGGUCCUUAAACAGAGUCAGGAGUACAGUACUGUAGAUACCCCUUAAACAGAGUCAGGAGUACAGUACUGUAGAUACCCCUUAAACAGAGUCAGGAGUUCAGUACUGUAGAUACCCCUUAAACAGAGUCAGGAGUUCAGUACUGUAGAUGGUCCUUAAACAGAGUCAGCAGUACAGUACUGUAGAUGGUCCUUAAACAGAGUCAGGAGUUCAGUACUGUAGAUGGUCCUUAAACAGAGUCAGAAGUACAGUACUGUAGAUACCCCCUAAACAGAGUCAGGAGUACAGUACUGUAGAUACCCCUUAAACAGAGUCAGGAGUUCAGUACUGUAGAUGGUCCUUAAACAGAGUCAGGAGUACAGUACUGUAGAUGGUCCUUAAACAGAGUCAGGAGUUCAGUACUGUAGAUACCCCUUAAACAGAGUCAGGAGUACAGUACUGUAGAUGGUCCUUAAACAGAGUCAGGAGUUCAGUACUGUAGAUACCCCUUAAACAGAGUCAGGAGUACAGUACUGUAGAUGGUCCUUAAACAGAGUAGGAGUUCAGUACUGUAGAUGGUCCUUAAAUAGAGUCAGGAGUACAGUACUGUAGAUGGUCCUUAAACAGAGUCAGGAGUACAGUACUGUAGAUACCCCUUAAACAGAGUCAGGAGUACAGUACUGUAGAUACCCCUUAAACAGAGUCAGGAGUUCAGUACUGUAGAUGGUCCUUAAACAGAGUCAGGAGUACAGUACUGUAGAUACCCCUUAAACAGAGUCAGGAGUACAGUACUGUAGAUGGUCCUUAAACAGAGUCAGGAGUUCAGUACUGUAGAUACCCCUUAAACAGAGUCAGGAGUUCAGUACUGUAGAUACCCCUUAAACAGAGUCAGGAGUUCAGUACUGUAGAUGGUCCUUAAACAGAGUCAGGAGUUCAGUACUGUAGAUGGUCCUUAAACAGAGUCAGGAGUUCAGUACUGUAGAUGGUCCUUAAACAGAGUCAGGAGUUCAGUACUGUAGAUGGUCCUUAAACAGAGUCAGGAGUUCAGUACUGUAGAUGGUCCUUAAACAGAGUCAGGAGUACAGUACUGUAGAUGGUCCUUAAACAGAGUCAGGAGUACAGUACUGUAGAUACCCCUUAAACAGAGUCAGGAGUACAGUACUGUAUAUGGUCCUUAAACAGAGUCAGGAGUUCAGUACUGUAGAUGGUCCUUAAACAGAGUCAGGAGUACAGUACUGUAGAUACCCCUUAAACAGAGUCAGGAGUACAGUACUGUAGAUACCCCUUAAACAGAGUCAGGAGUACAGUACUGUAGAUACCCCUUAAACAGAGUCAGGAGUACAGUACUGUAGAUACCCCUUAAACAGAGUCAGGAGUACAGUACUGUAGAUACCCAUUAAACAGAGUCAGGAGUACAGUACUGUAGAUGGUCCUUAAACAGAGUCAGGAGUACAGUACUGUAGAUACCCCUUAAACAGAGUCAGGAGUACAGUACUGUAGAUACCCCUUAAACAGAGUCAGGAGUUCAGUACUGUAGAUACCCCUUAAACAGAGUCAGGAGUACAGUACUGUAGAUGGUCCUUAAACAGAGUCAGGAGUUCAGUACUGUAGAUACCCCUUAAACAGAGUCAGGAGUACAGUACUGUAGAUGGUCCUUAAACAGAGUCAGGAGUACAGUACUGUAGAUACCCCUUAAACAGAGUCAGGAGUUCAGUACUGUAGAUACCCCUUAAACAGAGUCAGGAGUUCAGUACUGUAGAUGGUCCUUAAACAGAGUCAGGAGUUCAGUACUGUAGAUGGUCCUUAAACAGAGUCAGGAGUACAGUACUGUAGAUACCCCUUAAACAGAGUCAGGAGUUCAGUACUGUAGACGGUCCUUAAACAGAGUCAGGAGUACAGUACUGUAGAUGGUCCUUAAACAGAGUCAGGAGUACAGUACUGUAGAUGGUCCUUAAACAGAGUCAGGAGUUCAGUACUGUAGAUGGUCCUUAAACAGAGUCAGGAGUUCAGUACUGUAGAUACCCCUUAAACAGAGUCAGGAGUACAGGACUGUAGAUGGUCCUUAAACAGAGUCAGGAGUACAGGACUGUAGAUGGUCCUUAAACAGAGUCAGGAGUUCAGUACUGUAGAUGGUCCUUAAACAGAGUCAGGAGUUCAGUACUGUAGAUACCCCUUAAACAGAGUCAGGAGUUCAGUACUGUAGAUACCCCUUAAACAGAGUCAGGAGUUCAGUACUGUAGAUACCCCUUAAACAGAGUCAGGAGUUCAGUACUGUAGAUACCCCUUAAACAGAGUCAGGAGUUCAGUACUGUAGAUACCCCUUAAACAGAGUCAGGAGUACAGUACUGUAGAUGGUCCUUAAACAGAGUCAGGAGUUCAGUCCUCUGUCAGGCGGUCAACAGCAUCGUCCUCUGUCAGGCGGUCAACAGCAUCGUCCUCGGUCAGGCGGUCAACAGCAUCAUCCUCGGUCAGGCGGUCAACAGCAUCGUCCUCUGUCAGGCGGUCAACAGCAUCGUCCUCGGUCAGGCGGUCAACAGCAUCGUCCUCGGUCAGGCGGUCAACAGCAUCGUCCUCUGUCAGGCGGUCAACAGCAUCGUCCUCGGUCAGGCGGUCAACAGCAUCGUCCUCUGUCAGGCGGUCAACAGCAUCGUCCUCUGUCAGGCGGUCAACAUCCCCAUUAUCCCUCACCAGGAAAAGAAAGAGUUGGGCAGACAGCUUUUGAAACAUAAAUGAAUUAGUCUUGGUAGUUUAACAAACUCCUCCUCUUAUCUCUCUCCCCAGUGAAGAACGUGGUGGGCGUGAUCGCCAGGUACAUGGCGGCCCUGCAGGAGUUCAGACGCAGCGUCUCCAUGAAGGUGGCGUUCGACCGCGUGGGCGUCGACCGGAACACCAUCUCAAGGACGGCGGCCAUCGCCGAGCUGAGCCUGGCAGCUCCAGAGGUUUGUAAUUCCUGUUGACUGUCCGCUAUGAGACUUUUUAAUGUUUCUAUCUGAGCUAUAUGAACAUGCUUUGAUGAUGCGCUGUCUUAUUAAGCCUAGUUCUAGAGAAUCUCCAUUGGAUUUGAGUCCCAGGCUAGGCUUAAUCUAUCAACGGGAAAUGUAGUUUCUGUUUUUUGUUGUUGUGUAUUUAUAGUAUUAUAUGUAUCUAAUCUUAUCCUAGGUGUUCCACGCCCUGCCGCCGUGGGACGAGAAGGAAGAGACGCUGGCUCACUACGCCCACCGCUGCCGGCAGGCCAUGGACGACACCAUCCACGCCAAGAUCAAAACCAUGAAAACCAAGGGAGACCUGCUGCCUAUAGUCAGCAAGCAACACCAAACUGAGACUGAGGGGUGUGUCCUAUAGGACCAGACUGAGGGGUGUGUCCUAUAGGACCAGACUGAGGGGUGUGUCCUAUGAUGUUCUAUAGGACCAGACUGAGGGGUGUGUCCUAUGAUGUCCUAUAGGACCAGACUGAGGGGUGUGUCCUAUAGGACCAGACUGAGGGGUGUGUCCUAUAGGACCAGACUGAGGGGUGUGUCCUAUGAUGUUCUAUAGGACCAGACUGAGGGGUGUGUCCUAUGAUGUCCUAUAGGACCAGACUGAGGGGUGUGUCCUAUAGGACCAGACUGAGGGGUGUGUCCUAUAGGACCAGACUGAGGGGUGUGUUCUAUAGGACCAGACUGAGGGGUGUGUCCUAUAGGACCAGACUGAGGGGUGUGUCCUAUGAUGUCCUAUAGGACCAGACUGAGGGGUGUGUCCUAUGAUGUCCUAUAGGACCAGACUGAGGGGUGUGUCCUAUAGGACCAGACUGAGGGGUGUGUCCUAUGAUGUCCUAUAGGACCAGACUGAGGGGUGUGUCCUAUGAUGUCCUAUAGGACCAGACUGAGGGGUGUGUCCUAUAGGACCAGACUGAGGGGUGUGUCCUAUAGGACCAGACUGAGGGGUGUGUCCUAUAGGACCAGACUGAGGGGUGUGUCCUAUGAUGUUCUAUAGGACCAGACUGAGGGGUGUGUCCUAUAGGACCAGACUGAGGGGUGUGUCCUAUAGGACCAGACUGAGGGGUGUGUCCUAUAGGACCAGACUGAGGGGUGUGUCCUAUAGGACCAGACUGAGGGGUGUGUCCUAUAGGACCAGACUGAGGGGUGUGUCCUAUAGGACCAGACUGAGGGGUGUGUCCUAUGAUGUCCUAUAGGACCAGACUGAGGGGUGUGUUCUAUAGGACCAGACUGAGGGGUGUGUCCUAUAGGACCAGACUGAGGGGUGUGUCCUAUAGGACCAGACUGAGGGGGUGUGUCCUAUGAUGUCCUAUAGGACCAGACUGACCAACACGAACAUUGGCCGUGCGCAGUAGAUCAGUUUCAAUGAACGGCGGCAAUUCAACAUUACAUUUUAGUCAUUAACGCUCUUAACCACUAAGCUACCAGAAUGGUCUGGAAACGAACAGAAAACGUCAGCCGAUGUCCUGUAGUCAGAGGAGAUGGGACUGCCACCUGCUCCGUGCGACCGACGGACGUUCGUGUUGCUGCGUCUUGUCCUUAUGAUAGUCUGGCCCCAGAUCUGUCAGUUUGUGAUGUCUUGCCAAGUUGGCACAAACCACUCUGGGACCAGGCUAGUCCUGUGAUCCCCUGUGGUUGUCAUGGGGAUUGUGCUCCAAUUCCUUUUGAAAACAAGCGGUCUGUCCUUAUUCCUCCAUUCCACAUCUGUCUGUCCAACCCACCACCAUUGCAAUGAUAAAACACAGAAACUAUGUAGGCUGCACACUUGACUAUCAUUAAAACACCUUGCUGUGUACAUAAAUGGUUGAUUUGCUGUUCAUCAUUACUGUAAUGGUCUACUACUAUGUGAAAAAUGAAUUCUGUUUCUUGGAUGAUGUAUUUAUGCUUAGACGUUUUUUUUUAGAAGAGGAGAAACCUCAGGAAAAUACUAUUCAAAUAAGAAUCUUAUUUUAGUAGAGAAACCUCUUAUUUUUGUUUAAUCUUAUUAUUUUUUUAAAUCUUAUUUUUGUUAAAUCUUAUUUUUGUUAAUGCAUGUUGAUCUUUUCACUAUAGUGACAUUACACAUUGUAUUCUGAACUGUAUCUCUUGACUCCUGUCCCUGCACAACUCCAGGACCUACGAAUGGCUAUAACCUGGUUAUAGCCUGUUAUGACAACACCUCGGUAGUCUGAAACAUCUGUUUAUGUAAAAAGAAAGAAAGAAAAUGUCAAAGUAUUACAAAAUAUAUAUAUAUAAUUAUACAAGACUCCACAUUGAAAACAAUGGAACAGUAGAGUUCUAGAAUAGAUUCUGAAGCAUGUCGAUGUCUGCUGCACUUUGGCAACAUAACCUGGGUUGUUCCAAAUGGCACCCUAUUCCCUACACAGUGCAAUGGUCAAAAGUAGUGCACUAUAUAGGGAAUAGAAUGCAAUUUGGUACGCACAUUAUCAGUGAAUCAUCAUCAUCAUCAUUAUUAAAAACGGAGACUUCAACAAGAAGAAACAUUCAUUGUUGCAGAUGUCAAAUGCACUGCACAUAACAGUUCUCAAUUCUCCUUCCUCAUGACUAAAGUCAUAUCCCUUCUGUGUAAGGUAUGAUUACUGCAAGGCCUCAAUACUAACUUCAACACUGCAGUAUAAAAUGCAUUCAUCCACAAGAUUUAAUAAACAUUCUGAUGAACCUCUUCCCUCAGAGUUUGACAGUGUGCCAAAUGGCACCCUAUUCCCUAUACAGUGCACUACUUUUGACCAGGGCGCAUAGGGCUCUGUUCAAAAGUAGUGCACUAUUAUUUUUUUACAUUUUUAGUCAUUUAGCAGACGCUCUUAUCCAGAGCGACUUACAGUUAGUGAGUGCAUACAUGAUUAUUUUUUCAUACUGGCCCCCCGUGGGAAUCGAACCCACAACCCUGGCGUUGCAAACGAACCCACAACCCUGCCGGCCAUUCCCUCCCCUACCCUGGACCAAUUGUGCGCCGCCCCAUGGGUCUCCCGUUCGCGGCCGGCUACGACAGAGCCUGGAUUCGAACCAGGAUCUCUAGUGGCACAGCUAGCACUGCGAUGCAGCGCCUUAGACCACUGCGCCACUCGGGAGUCUAUAUAGGGAACAGGGUGCCAUUAAUCACCAGAAGCUCUGUGUGACUCCAGUUGUUUUGACAGAGAUGGAGGAGAGCGAGAGACAGGAGCAGAAUGAGACCAGCUCUUCGGAAACUUCAGAGACUUCCUGGUGUCCAAGUAUCCAUCUGAGAGCCAGGAGAUCUACUGCCUCCUCUGCAGGUUAUUUCCAAAACCAAGAGAGAAACUUACAGUUUUGUACUGGCGUCAGUAUUUUAAAUGAAAAUGUAUUAUUUUUUUGUAGACUUAUGUUCUCUUGUAUCUACCGUAUCUAGUAUAGCAUUUCCAUGUUAUGUGUGAAUGUUACUGUAAUACGUUGUUUAAUAUACAGUGCCUCUACACCUUAUCUGACUUGCCACGACUGAAGUUCCCUCUGGGGAGAAAAUAAACUUAUUUUAUUUUAUUCUGCCCAGCCAGCUGGACUCCUACCUGGCCUCCUUCAGGGCGGCGAGGCAGAAGGACGGCUGGGAGUAUGAACCCAACAGCCAACUACCAGUGUGGUCUGGAGUGUCACCUGAAGGAGCAGCGAUACAGGUCAUCAGAAUCGAAUAAAAAUCCAAAGUUAUUUGUCACCAAAUACAACAAGUGACUUUACCAUGAAAUAAUUAUUUAUGAUACCUUUCCCAAACAAUGCAGUUAUAAAGUAAGAAAAUUAACAAAUAGAUCAAAAGAAAAUAGGAACAUUAUAAUAACACCAACUAGGCUAUAUACAGGCGUACAGGGUAGUUGGGGUGAUUGAGGUACUAUGGACAUGUAGGUAGGGGGUGAAAAGCAGAAAGCCCGGGUAGCCGUUUAAUUACGUAUUGAUGUGAUUGGAGUGAAGCCAAAUCCAAACUGGCUUCUCUUGACACUUUUUCCUCCUACAGUUGAGCUCAAUCAGUUUAGCUCAACGCUGAUUGGCUAUUUUUUCUUUUUUCUUUUUUAUUAUCAAUGGAGGCCAAAUGCUCGCAGGCUUUCCUUGCAUUCAAUGCUAGGGGCGGCAACAAUGUCAUACUCUUUUUGACCAGAAAGCAUCAGGGCGUAGCGGGAUUUCUUAUAACGUCCGGAUUAGUGUCCCGCUCCUUGAAAGCGGCAGCUCUAGCCUUUAGCUCGGUGCGGAUGUUGCCUGUAAUCCAUGGCUUCUGGUUGGGGUAUGUACGUACUGUCACUGUGGGGACUACAAAGUCGAAGCCGGUGUUAAUGGCAGGUUAGAGAACUGGGACAGAAACCUAAAGGUUGCCGGCUCAUGUCCGACAGGGAAAAAAAUCUGGUCAGGAUUGUCCUGCCGUUGUCUUGUGCUGUUGUGUCCUUGAGAUAGACACUUAACCUCCAAACUGAUCAAUGGGUGCCUUAGUAUGGGUGCCUUAGUAUGGCUACCCUCUGCUCCAACCUCUCUGUCGUAUGGGUGAAAUAAAGCAGAAGACAAGAAGAAGACAUCUUCUUCUUCUACAGCUACAGCAUCACCAGAGACAAGGAGGCCCUGAAACAGAAGCCAUGA